AUGAGCGACACACUGGAACGCGAUGGACGACAUAAUGUUGCUACCACCGAGAUCAUGUUCUUGGGGGCUAGCGAAAUUUUCGACGACGUGCUAGACAAGGAGGCGAAUCCGGCAUUCAUCAGGCUCCUUGCGAGCACAAAGAGAGCCCAAGAAUCGUUCUUCAUUGGUCCAAUUUUUGGAUCCACACCCAAGUCGACGUAUCGCUACGCGCGGGCGUCGGGCGUCGUGUGUCCUCUUGGCACCGAUACGUCUCCGUCAGACUGGGAUGCGAAGACAUACCGAGACGAGUGUUUAGCGAGUCACAUGUUUACGCACAACGUCGCCAGGCCCAUCUUACAAAGGUCUCUGAGAGGAGAUGUCCUUGCCAACCACGUGCCACUCAAUAGUUGCGACCCGACGGCCGAGGGCCUUCCAUGGCGCCCCGCUCUACCUGCGUUUAGGAAGCCGUACACGCGCGCCACAGUUAUUAGGAUGUGCGACAACCUGGACGAAUCUCUCAUUUUCGUGGAGGAAACUCUUCGGCGGACCGAGACUAUCAAGAGAGCUUCCGGCGGUUUAUUCUUCUGGGGACAGGCGCACGCGAAGUGGUUGGAUGUCCAGGAGGAGUACAGGGGCUUACGCGACAGGUCUCUCGACAGAAUUCAGUAUGUCGUCCUAGAAGGGGCUGAUUCCAUCGAGGAACUUGGCGAACCUCCAGUCCCUGAGCGUACCAAAGUUGUCAACACCUUUACUGCCCAGCUCAGAGAAAUCAGCCAGACUACCAAGGUCAAAUUCGAGACGGGUGCAUAA